GCACAACCACCCAAGGGAGAAAAGCACGCACGAAGCCCGAUUUGUCACCUACACACACUUCGACUCAACAACACCAGUCAUGGAUGAGGAAUAUGAUGUGAUUGUGCUCGGCACCGGCCUGAAGGAGUGCAUCCUGUCCGGCCUCAUGUCUGUCGCCGGCAAGAAAGUGUUGCACAUGGACCGCAACGACUACUACGGUGCAGAGAGCGCCUCCAUGUCCCCUCUGAGCAAGCUCUACGAGCACUUUGGCAAGAAGCUCGAGGAUGAGAACGCCUACGGCCGUGGCCGCGACUGGAACGUCGAUCUCGUCCCAAAGUUCAUCAUGGGCAACGGCAUGCUCGUGAAGAUGCUUGUCAUGACAAAGGUGACGCGCUACCUGGAGUUCAAGAACAUCGAGGGCAGCUACGUCUGGAAGAAAGGCGGCAAAGUCUACAAGGUGCCGGCCACGGAGAAGGAGGCGCUGACGUCGAGCCUGAUGGGCUUCUUUGAGAAGCGCCGCUUCCGCAACCUCCUCACCUGGAUGAUGAACUACGACGAGCACGACCCAAGCACCUACAACGGCCUGCCGCCCACCAGCACCAUGCGCGAGGCCUACGCCAAGUUUGGCUGCGACGAGAACACCCAGGACUUUACAGGCCAUGCGCUGUGCCUGUACACGAGCGAGGAGUACUUUGACCGCCCGAUCAUGGAGACGAUCCCGCGCGUGCGUCUUUACCGCGAGUCGAUGGGCCGCUUCGAGGGCGCAAAGUCCCCCUACCUCUACCCGCUCUACGGCCUCGGCGAGCUGCCCCAGGGCUUUGCCCGCCUGUCUGCCAUCUACGGCGGCACGUACAUGCUCGACAAGGCCGUGGACGAGAUUGUCUAUGGCGACGACGGCAAGGUCGUCGGCGUCCGCUCUGGCGACGAGCUCGCAAAGUGUGAGUCUGUGUGUGUGUGUGUUUGUGUGUGUGUGUGUGUGUGUGUGUGUGUGUGUGUGUGUGUGUGUGUGUGUGUGUGUGUGUGUGUGCGUGCGUGCGUGUGUGCACGCGGUUGCUUUCAUCUCCGUCCCCUUGCAAUGGCACGAAAUGGCCACUCAACCAUCUCUCACUCACCGCCAGGCAACCCCGAGGCCGAGCUUGAGGUUGCGUUCAAGACCAUUGGCCCCGUCCUGGAGAAGUUUGUCUCCGUCGACGACAUUCUUGUCCCAACAGACGACGGCGCAGACACAAACGUCUUCAUCACAGAGUCGUACGACGCCACGUCCCACUUUGAGACGACCUGCGUCGACGUCGCCAACGUCUACAAGCGCGCAACUGGCGAGGAGCUUGAUCUGGACAAGGCCCUCGAGACUGCCGAGGACGAGCAGUAGAUGCAGUAGCUGUUGCAGAUGCCCCGCGCCCGUGCUCACGCCAAUGCUGCAUGUGGACGUACUUGCGUUGUUGCUCGGUUGCUUGCUCACCUGCUGGUGGUGGUGAUGUGCAAAUCGUCCUGUGAUACACGUCAUGCCCUUGCCCCUACGACUGCCUCAGUCUACCAUCAUUGUCAUGUCUUGUCACGUGCCGUGUGCUUUGGUCUUUGUUGCUGUUGUGGCCGCUGGUCUUUCUUGCCCGUUGCUUGUUCUCCUACAUGGUUUGCUCUGCCACCACACAAACACAUGCGUUGUUCCACACGUACACGUGUGUGCGUGUGUGUUUGUGUGCGCGCUGGCAUGUUCUACGUGACCGUGAUUUCCGUUGUGUUUUCACUGCUGUUUUUCUUUCGUGCUGUUUCAUUGUCGACAUGCAUACAUCGUGCAAAGCUCAAA